UUAUUACAAAAAUCUAAGCAAUUGGGGAGUAAAGAGAUGUCCCUAUUCAGGCAAUUACUACAAUUGCACGAUGAAAGACAAUACAAAAAGGGUGUUAAGGUUGCUGAUACAAUCUUAAAGAAGAACCCAGAGCACGGUGAGACACUCGCAAUGAAAGGUCUCAUUUUGUACAACAUGGGCGAGAAAGAGAGCGGUCUGGAUUACGUUAAGAGGGGUGUCAGGUUAGACCUCACCUCUCACAUCGUUUGGCACGUUUACGGUAUCGUACAGCGUCAAGAACACAAGUACGAGGAUGCUCUGAAAUCAUACACUCAAGCUUUAAGACACGAUUCUGAGAACGUCGCACUCAUCAGAGACGUAUGUACACUCUCUACUCAUCUCCGACAAUUCGAGCCAUUGGUCGAACAGCGCUUAUUCAUGCUCAAGACACGUCCUUCCAUGCGCUCACAUUGGAUUAGCGCUGCAGUUGCUUUAGACUUGGCUGGACAUCAAGACAAAGCCCUACUCGUACUUAGUGACUUUGAAGGAACACUUUCUGAUCUCAACAACGCUGACGCUAGCCUUAAAUAUGAGAUGAGCGAAGUUUACCUCUAUCAUAUCUCAAUUUUGGAGAAAUUAGAUAAAUACCAAGAAGCUCUUCAAAUGCUCACAGAUAAGCAAUCGAACAUAUCUGAUCUUGUUGCUUGGAGAGAAAGUCAUGCCCGUAUUUUAACAAGUCUUGACAAGUUAGACGAAGCAGGCGAUGCUUGGAGAUUACUCAUACAGAGUAACCCUGAAAACAAAGGCUACUACAUUGGCUUUUUCAAGACCAAAAAGAUCGAUUUGACACAAAAUCUUGAAGAAAAGGAGAAGGUCUCUGCCCUUAAGACACUCGGUCUUUUCUACGAGCAGUUCCCUAAAGCUGGUGUUAUUCAAAGACUCAGACUGGACUUGGCAUUUAAAGAAUCAUUCAAAGAUAUUGCACACGAGUAUAUCACUAGCAGACUUACUAAAGGUGUUCCAUCUCUCUUUGUUGACCUCAAAUCUUUGUACAACGAUGUUGAAAAGUUGCAAAUCAUCGGUGACUUAGUCGAAGGUUAUCGCACAGAACUCGAGAAGUCUUGCAAGUACUCUUCUACUGAUGAUAAGACUCAACCAACAACCUCCUACAUCUGGACACUCUAUUAUCUCACUCAACACUAUUCUCAAAUUCGCCAAUAUGAGAAGGCACUCGAAACAGUUAAAGCAGCAAUUGAACAUACACCAACACUCCCAGAACUUUACCUUGCUCAAGGACGUACAUUGAAGAGGCUCGGCAACCAAGCCGGUGCAUGUGAAUCAGUUGAAAUUGCUAGAGAACUAGAUGGUCAGGAUAGAUUCUUGAAUGGAAAAUCAGCAAAGUAUCUCAUACGUAAUGGUGAAAUCGAAAAGGCCGAGCAAUUACUUAGUUUAUUCACCCGUAAAGCUGCUCCAUCUUCGGCUUAUGACUUGUGUGAUAUGGAAGCUCUCUGGUUUAUGCGUGAGGAAGCUAAAUCAUAUGGACAAAAGCAAGAAUAUGGUAUGGCCCUCAAACGUCUUCACCAAGUCUUUGACACUUUCAACCAAUGGGAAGAAGAUCAAUAUGAUUUCCAUAUCUACUGUUUGAGAAAGUAUACUAUCAGGUCAUACUUAACAACGCUCAAACUUGAAGAUGAGUUACGUCAGAAUAAAAACUACAUUGAUUCCGCAAUUGAGGCUGUCAGAAUAUACUAUCAACUCCACGAUGAUUCUAGCCUCGUUGAGAAAUUGACGAACCCACAAAGCGGCUUGCCAGACAAGAAAGCCCAGAAGAAAGCUAAGAAGGAGAAGGAGAAGGCAGCAGCCCAACAGAAAGCCAAGGGAGGUAAAGAUUCAGAUGGAUUACCAGCACCAGUUGAAGAUAAGGAUCCACAAGGCUAUGAGCUCCUUAAGACUGAAGAGCCAUUGGGAGUUGCCGUCAAAAUUCUUGCUCCACUUGCGAACACCAAGCGUAUCGAUUUACAUCACGUUCAAUUCGAAAUUGCAUUUAGGAGAGGCAAAUUUGCACAAGCCAUGAAGGCACUUAACAAGACUGCAUCGAUCAACCCAGACUGCAGAAUGCUCCAUGUCCAAUCACUUAAAUUAAAGCAAGCGCUCGAAUCUGACGACAAGCAGAACGCGGAAGUUAAGGAGGCUAUCGUUGAGUCACUUGAGAAAAUCAUUCCAAAAGAUGUCAACCUUGAGAGCUGGAACGCAGAUUACUUGCAGCGCAACCAUCACAAUCCAUUGAGAUUACUCGGAGCAGCUGAAGCAGUAGUUCUCAUCCGCGGUGAAGCUAGCGCUAAGGAGGCUGUCAACAUCGUCUUCAACGUCGAUAUGAAGCUUCUCGAUGCUACUUCUGCAACUCAAAUCAAGGGAUUCAUCGAAAAAUACGAUAGUGAACGUCUUGAAGCUUUCCGUGUGAAGCUCAAUACUCAAUUCCCAUACAGUGAUGUCUUCAAGAGUGAUGAGCAGAAAGAAAAUGAGAAAAGAGCUAUUGAACAGACUCGUGCCAAAAGAACUGAAGCGGAAGUUGAACAAAACAAAUAGAAUCUAUGUGAAUUAGAAAAAAGCUAAUAUGUGGAAAACAUGCAUUGCAUUUAC